AUGCCGCGUCAGGGGGGCACCCGGGGGCCGCUAGGCAUCGUGCUGCUGGCCCUGGCCCUGAGAGCGCUGCCGGCUGUGGGGCAGGACGACGACUACUCCAGCUGGCAGCCGGAGCAGCUCCCGAGCGGGCUAGGCUAUGGCAAGCGGCCGCAGUGCGUGGACAUCCCGGCCGACCUGCAGCUCUGCCACGAGGUGGGCUACAAGCGCAUGUGGCUGCCCAACCUGCUGGAGCACGACUCCCUGGCCGAGGUGAAGCAACAGGCCAGCGCCUGGCUGCCCCUGCUCGCCAAGCGGUGCCACAGCGACACCCAGCUCUUCCUGUGCUCGCUCUUCGCGCCCGUCUGCCUGGACCGGCCCAUCUACCCCUGCCGCUCGCUCUGCCAGGUGGUGCGGGCCUCCUGCGCCCCCCUCAUGGAGGCCUUCGGCUUCCCCUGGCCUGACAUGCUCCACUGCGCCCGCUUCCCCCCCGACCACCAUCUCUGCAUCGCCGUGCAGUUCGGGAGCAGCCAGGUCACCCCACCGCCAGCGUCCAGGGUCUGCCCGCAGUGCGAGAUGGAGCACAAGGCGGAGGGCAUGAUGGAGCAGAUGUGUGCUAGUGACUUCGUGCUGAAGACGCGGCUCCGGGAGCUGCGGGCGGAGGGCGGCGAGCGCCGCCUGGCGGCCGCCCGGAAGAAGAAGCUGCUGAAGCGGGGCCCCCUGCAGCGCCCCGACGCCCGGCGCCUGGUGCUGCACAUGCGGAACGCGGCCGCCUGCCCCUGCCCGCAGCUGGCCGACCUGCGCCGCCCCUUCCUGCUGCUGGGGGCCCUGUACCGCUGGGAGCGGAGCAACCGGGAGAUGCGCUUCGCCCUCAAGUUCAUGUUCUCCUACCCCUGCCCCCCGCGCUACGCCCCGCUCCCCGGGGCCGAGCAGCGCUAG